AUGGUUAGUUAUGAGGUGAUCAAUGGUGAGCUUCAUAUCCCCAAAGAAGCUAUUGGAACAUUGUGCUAUAAAUGUAAUAUUUAUCAUCUUGGAUCAUGCUAUGAAGUCAUGACAUCCUGCACACUGAAGUAUAAACAACUCUGUGCUGUUGAGAACUUUUAUAUACUCACAAAGAAAGGACAGAGCAUGUAUCAUUAUUCAAGACUGUCAUGUAUGACCAACUGUGAGGCCAUCAACUUCUUGGGUUUUGAAAAGAGGACAGAGCUUCUCUGUUGCAAUCAUAGAAACUAUUGCAACCUCCCGGUGGGACUCUAG